ACCAGUGCAGGGUUUCUGGCCCUCAACACCUCAGCCUCAGCAACAGCACUCACAACAACAAAUCCAGUGGAUGAACCCAUCCGUAGAAGUAUCGACAUCCAAGUCCUGAUCGCAACCUUGAUGAUCAUCAUCUUUGGACUGGUCGGGCUGACAGGAAAUGCCAUUGUGCUCUGGCUCCUGGGCUUCUGCUUGAAGAGGAAUGCCUUCACAGUCUACAUCCUAAACUUGGCUCUGGCUGACUUCUUCUUCCUUCUAUGUCACAUCAUAAAUUCCAUACUGUUCCUUCUCGAUGUUUUCUACCCCAUUAUCUUCCUCCAGUGCUUUUACACCACCAUGACGGUUCUCUACAUCGCAGGCCUGAGCAUGCUCAGUGCCAUCAGCACUGAGCGCUGCCUGUCUGUCCUGUGCCCCAUCUGGUAUCACUGCCACCGUCCAGAACACACCUCGACUGUCAUGUGUGCUAUAAUCUGGGUCCUAUCACUGUUGAUCUGCAUUCUGCAUAGGUAUUUCUGCGGUUUAUUUGAUAUCAAAUAUAAAAAUGACAAUGGGUGUCUGGCAUCAAACUUCUUUACUACCGCGUACCUGAUAUUUUUGUUUGUAGUCCUUUUUCUGUCCAGCCUGGCUCUACUGGCCAGGUUGUUCUGUAGCACUGGGCGAAUGAAGCUUACCAGACUGUAUGUGACCAUCAUGCUGACCGUUUUGGUUUUUCUCCUCUGUGGGUUGCCCUUUGGCAUCCACAACUUCCUGUUAUUGAAGAUUACGGAUUAUUUUCCUGUAUUUGAUUAUAAACUUUAUCUGGCAUCAAUUGUCUUGACCGCUGUUAACAGCUGUGCCAACCCCAUCAUUUACUUCUUCGUGGGCUCCUUCAGGCAUCGGUUGAAGCACCAGACUCUCAAAAUGGUUCUCCAGAGGGCACUGCAGGACACUCCUGAGACAGCUGAAAAUAUGGUGGAGAUGUCAAGAAGCAAAGCAGAGCCGUGA